AUGUUUUCGGAUUCAAAACGAGCACCGACCGUCGAGCCGACGCUGAUGAUCGGAGAUGUCGACGUGAACUUUGACUUCACACUCGUCAAUAAUUUUAUUUGUCUAACAUAUCCGUAUCCGAUUAAGCUGAGGAAGUCACCGACCAAAGUUGAGACAAAAGUCAGCUACUUCUACCAAUACCCGACGUUCGCUGACGCCCGUCUAGCCCUCCGCCGUCUCAACGGACUCCGUAUCCCGGGAAUGUCUUCUGACUUCCAGCUCGACAUGAAUUUCACGAAACAACGCGAGGAGGUGUGCGCCCAUUUGACGGUGAAUGAUGUGCACUUGUCGCGGUGUGAAGUGAUGAGAAUUCUGUUCCGUUUUCCGUCGGUUCUUGGUUUGGCACAGUACAAUUUUGAUCUUUUCAAUGGGAUCACACCGCGGACGACGUGUUUCGUGAGAUUUGGGGAUAAGGAGGAGUGUAUGGAGGCGGUUAGGGAGCUAAACCAAAUGCCAAUCGAAAACAGCCAUAUCCACAUGACACUAUCCACCAGGUACCUCGACAAGCUGCGUGGUUUCGUAAUGGAAAGAGAGGCGAAGAAACAAGAAGUCGGUGUCCCCCAAUUCCAUAAUAUCUACUCGAAGCGUCGCGUAAACAUCUGCCAGUACAACGAGAUGGUCAUGUCUGCAUCCGAGGAGUUCUUCGAGGACAUGGAAUCUUCCAGAUGGUCUCCAGUAGCAUACCAGACAAAUGUGCACAAGGGGGAUUAUGUGAGACAGAUGACACUCAAUUCUUUUGAUGAUUUUUAG